AUGAAUGACCAGUAUGCUAGCUGGACUCAGAAGGCUGGAGCAUCUGUGCAGGAUCCUCUAGGUGGGGAGCACCUAGGAGGAGUGAAGCCUGGACUCAUCCCCAAGGCUGGAGGUAACCUCUCCCCGCUCCUCUCCCGCUGGAGUGAAGACUGCCGCCACGUCCCGCCCGCUGUUUGCUGCACGCCAUGGGUGUCUCGCUCCAGGACCUUGCUUCAGACGUGGCUGAGGGAGAGCCCCCCAGGAAGAAAAAAGCUUGGAAGAGGUCCUCUCUCAAGGUCCUGUGUUCAGGCCUCAUUGGUGGCAGAGAAGUUGGCUGGGUUGCUCCUGCCGUGGCUCCCCAACCACUGGGAAGUCAAUGAAAAUUCUCUUAAGAGAUUAAGUGCCUGCUUAGAAAACCUCCAGAAACCAGGCUUCAAGUCUUUGAAACCAACCCAGCUUGUGUUUUAUGUAAGAGAAACAGACCAGAAUUCCUCUGAUGGCCAGGAACACUUAAGCACUUCCGGAUUUCGAGCAGUCAAAUUUACUUUGCACACCAGAGAUCUGCUAAGCACAGUGUUAUAUAUUCUCAACUCCUGCAGUUUAUCUAUUGAACAUGUCCAAAGCUUGAAUACUAAUGUGCACUCCCAGCCUCUCAAAGAGGCGAAAAGGAUAUCUGACAGGCCCAUCAAAUGGGACAAGUCUUACUACUCCUUUACUGGAUUCAAGGACCCUGAUGAAGACCUCGAGCAAGUCUGGAGAAUGGAAACAACCCUAACAUCCUUGCUGGAUAACAAUGGGAAAAGUGCUGUUAAAAAGCUGAAGAAUAGUUUGCCACUUAGAAAAGAACUAGAUCGUUUAAAAGAUGAACUGUCCCAUCAAUUGCAGCUCUCGGAUAUCAGGUGGCAGAGGAGCUGGGGCAUCGCCCACUGCUGCAGCCAGCUGCACAGUUUAGGCCGCUUAGCCCAGCAGAACUUGGAAAGCCUUAAAAAUGCAAAAGGAUGUACAAUAAUAUUUACAGACCUGUCCGGGAUGAGUGCAGUGGGCCAUGUGAUGCUGGGAACAAUGGAUGUCCAUCAUCACUGGACAAAACAUUUUGAAAGAUUACCGAGUUAUUUUGACCUGCAGAGGAGGCUGAUGCUUCUGGAGGACCAAAUAAGCUAUCUUCUAGGUGGCAGCCAAGUUGUUUAUAUCGAAGAAUUACAGCCAGUGUUGACACUUGAAGAAUAUUACUCUCUUCUUGAUGUGUUCUAUAAUAGACUCUUGAAAAGUCGAAUACCUUUUCACCCUCGAAGUUUGCGUGGUUUGCAAAUGAUCCUUAACAGUGACAGAUAUGCUCCAAGUUUGCAUGAACUUUUUCAUUUUAACAUUCCAACCCUCUGCGAUCCAGCAAACCUCCAGUGGUUUAUUCUCACCAAAGCCCAACAGGCAAGAGAGAACAUGAAAAGAAAAGAAGAGUGAGUGCUCUUAGCCCUCUUCCUGUCUUACCAUUCCGUCUAAUCGUUAAAAAUAUUCAGGUAGUCAGAACUCAUAAGUAGGGGAAAUUAAAACUGUAUUGAACUUAGGCAAGCGACUGUAUUAAACUGUAUA